AUGGGUUCCGCUCCAGCACAAAAGUUCAAGGUGGCCGACAUCUCGUUGGCUGCCUUCGGUCGACGAGAGAUCGAGCUCGCAGAAAUUGAGAUGCCAGGUCUGAUGGCCAUUCGAACGAAGUACGGAUCCGAUCAGCCUCUUGCAGGAGCCAGAAUCGCAGGUUGCCUGCACAUGACCAUCCAGACCGCUGUUCUCAUUGAGACACUGAAAGCCCUUGGUGCUGAGGUAACAUGGUCAAGCUGCAAUAUUUUCUCGACACAAGACCACGCCGCUGCAGCCAUUGCUGCAGGAGGCACACCAGUCUUUGCUUGGAAGGGUGAAACCGAGGAAGAGUACGAGUGGUGUCUGGAACAACAACUGCUAGCAUUUCCAUCCGGCCAGUCACUCAACCUCAUCCUUGACGAUGGUGGUGACCUGACCGCUCUUGUACACAAGAAAUACCCAGAUAUGCUCAAGGACUGCUACGGCGUGUCCGAGGAGACUACAACUGGUGUCCACCAUCUGUACAGAAUGUUGAAGGCCAUCAACGUAAACGACUCAGUUACCAAGAGUAAAUUCGAUAACUUCUACGGCUGCCGAGAGUCUCUCAUUGACGGUAUCAAGCGAGCAACCGAUGUUAUGAUUGCUGGCAAGAUUUCCGUCGUUGCUGGUUUCGGUGAUGUUGGCAAGGGUUGCGCCCAAGCUCUUCACGGCAUGGGUUCGAGAGUGUUAGUCACCGAGGUCGAUCCCAUCAAUGCUUUGCAGGCUGCCAUGCAGGGCUACGAGGUUGUCACCAUGGAAGAUGCUGCUCCCAUUGCUCAAAUAUUCGUUACUACUACUGGUUGCCGAGACAUCAUCGUUGGCAAGCACUUUGAGCAGAUGCGAAACGAUGCCAUCGUCUGCAACAUUGGCCACUUCGACAUUGAGAUCGAUGUCGCGUGGUUGAAGAAGAACGCCGUCAAGGUGCAGAACAUCAAGCCACAAGUCGACCGUUAUUCGAUGGCCAGUGGACGGAAUAUCAUCCUGCUUGCCGAAGGUCGCUUGGUCAACCUGGGAUGUGCUACUGGUCACUCGUCUUUCGUCAUGUCUUGCUCCUUCUCUAACCAAGUCCUGGCUCAGAUCAUGUUGUACAAGGCUGCGGACGAGAAGUUUGGCGCGAAGUACCCAGAAUUCGGCAAGGUCGGCAAGCGUGAUGUCGGUGUUUAUGUACUGCCUAAGAUUCUCGAUGAACAGGUUGCUCUGCUUCAUCUUGAGCAUGUUAACGUCAAGCUGACCAAGUUCACACCAACCCAGGCCGAGUAUAUGGGACUGGAGAUCGAAGGUCCAUUCAAGAGCGAUAUCUACCGAUACUAG